UUCCACACAUAGACAUAGACUGCAUAACGAACAAGGUGGCCAAUCAGAAGCGCUAAUUUCAGGGCGUCCUUAGAAAUUCUAUAUAAGGCGCAUGAAAGACCCUCAGUUAUGCCGAGAUUCGAACCCAGGAUGUCCUGCGCAAAUCUGACGAGAUCUAGACGUAUGGCGUGUGCCUACAUAAAUCAAAAAUUGCCUCCCUUUUCCCAUGUAACCUCCCUCUCCCCAACACCAAAUGUCAUAUAAAGACAGUCAGCAAUCUCGGAGAUGACAAUUCGAACAAACGGACCCGACCGUCCAUAAUUGGUUCGUAUCAUGCAUUUCGUGCAAAUAACGCAUAACAAGGAUCAACUGCAAAAGCUGAUAUGAAACUACGUGAUUCUGGUAGUUUUCUUUGUAGUAAAAGUGUAGAGACGAACAACAGCUCUGUAACACAGAGGUGGAGCGACGGGGUAUGUACGUCACUUCGUUGCACUAUAUAAGUGGUUGGCUCUUCCCCAAGCACACUCGCGGAUCACAGCCCGCCAGUCUAUUAUGCACCACCUCUACCAUCCGCAUCACCACCGCCAGUGUUCACAGUUGUCAUUACAAAACACCAACUGUUAGGGAGAGCAAGCGAGUGAGUGAGUGAGUAGUGUCCAGAGUGUCGCCAAUGAAAAGGACCAACAUUUUAAAUCGGUUUUAACAGAACACCAACACAAGUACAGCCUUUGGACGUAAACUCAGGAACACAAUUAAACAUGAUCACUGACAAUCACGAGGGGACACAAGUUACGUAUGCAGGAUAUAUAAGAAUUACGUGACUUCACAUUCAUAAAUAAGCAAAUUCUUGGUUGGAUGGAGACCUACAAACAAUAUCAGGUGCUUUGUCUACAAGAGAGAGUAAGGAACCAGCUGUACCACCUUGGGUCCCAGAGUCCAGGAGUAGUACAGAUAUACUAAUUGAACCUCUGAAACCUAGACUGUUUCCACAGUUGAUGGCAGCUCUACUCACCUGCUGGGUGAAUCUUGCCAGUGGUGCCAGCCUUGGUUAUGCAACCCCUGCCCUCCCAUCACUCCAGCAUCCUAGCUCAAGAUUACACAUAACAGAGAAUCAGGGAUCAUGGGUAGCUGGUCUUGUGAUGCUGGGGGCACUGGGUGGAGGAGUGCUGGCAGGACCAUGCAUUUCCUUGGGACGUCGUCGUGCACUGUGGCUUACGGCAACACCACUAACAUUUGCAUGGCUGCUCAUAGCACUUGCUCCAAAUGUGUGGUUUUUGUAUAUAGCCCACUUCAUCUUGGGCACUUGUCUAGGCAUCAUUGCAGAUGCAUCUCAACUUUACGUCAGUGAAACGGCAUCAGCACAGUGGCGUGGAGCUCUUGGUUGCAUUCCAGUCCUCAUGUUCAAUGGAGGAAUUCUCACAUGUUACACUGCAGGGGCAUGGCUUGACUGGGAGAAACUGGCUCUCUUUGGUGUUGGACUCACACUACCAGCUCUCCUGUUCCCUAUUGUACUGCCAGAAUCUCCAAGCUAUCUGGUGGCACAGGGACACAUAGAUGAGGCAAUUGGAGCUCUCCACUGGCUACGUGGUGCCACUUAUGAUAUAACCGCUGAAUAUCAGGAGUUGCUGUACUGUGAGAAAGGUCCUGGGGUGCUGAAAAAACUGCAGGGUCUUGGUGACCAUGAAAUAUUACAUCCACUUCUUCUCACUGGUGCCAUCCGUGCUCUCAGCAGGUUCUGUGGGCUGCGUGCUAUUCUCUGCUAUACCCAAACCAUCCUCCUCAGCUCUCACUCCAGUCUUGAUGUUGAAGUAGCAACAAUCAUCACUGGAGCUGUGCAGCUUAUUGCAACAUUGAUAGCAUGUGUGCUACUUGACAGGCUUGGCAGGCGCAAGCUGUUAAUAGCUUCUCAGGCUGUGAUGGGACUUUCAUUGGUAGGUCUUGCCUGUUACCAUUAUUACCACGAAGAUCUCAGAAGCACUCGUGGAACUCUUGUUGAUUGGCUUCCUGUUGUCGCCAUUAUGGUGUACAUUGUUGCAAAUUCAAUCGGACUGGGGCCAGUCUCUGGAAUAAUUAUCGGUGAAUUGGUGCCUCAGCGACACAGAAGUAUUGCCAGUUCUAUUACCGGUGCUGUUAGUUGGCUUAGUGCUUUCAUCGUCACAAAAACAUUCCUAGAUUUAAGAUCAAUUUUAAAUCUUCAUGGUGCACUGUGGCUUUAUGGGAGUGUGUGUCUAAUUGGUGUACCAUUUGUAUAUUUCUCUCUCCCAGAGACUCGUGGUAUCUCACAGUAUGGCAUUGAUGUACUCUUUAAAGCUAACAGAGAUCACAGUAAUGACAUAACUGAAACCAAAAUAGGUCAGAGUAAACCUCUAAUGGUUUUGAAAGCACAAACUAUGAAAACAAGCAUCUGUAAUGAAUGCUCAACACAGGGCAGUGAAAUCAGCAGUUCAGAUAAUAUUUCUGUGUGAUAUUUCAAUUCCAUUUUUCCUAUAACAUAAAUGGUAACAUUCCAAACUGUUUUGUUGUAAUUUCAGUUUCAGAUAUUGUAAUCAUAAAAUCAGUGUAUGUGUGAGUGUGUAAUAAAGUAAACAAAGAUGUUCUUUUUAUAAGCCUUGA